CAAGCAUUUGGGAUACUUUUGCUCAUUCUGGCACGCCUACCUAACACUAUCAUUUUCAACCCUAUAAUAAAAGAAUCGGGAGGAGAUGGACCCGGAGGAAACGGCGACGUAGCAUGUGAUGGGUAUCACAAAUACAAGGAAGAUGUGAAACUAAUGGUGGAUAUUGGACUUGAUGCUUAUAGAUUUUCCAUCUCAUGGUCAAGACUUAUUCCAAAUGGGAGAGGACCCAUAAAUCCAAAGGGCUUAGAGUACUACAACAAUCUCAUAAAUGAACUAAUAAGUCAUGGCAUCCAACCCCAUGUAACGUUACACAACUUUGAUCUUCCGCGAGCACUUGAAGACGAAUAUGGAGGAUGGGUCAGUCCAAAGAUUGUAGAAGAUUUCAGAGCAUAUGCAGAGGUGUGCUUUAGAGAGUUUGGAGAUAGAGUAUUACAUUGGACAAGUGUGAAUGAACCCAAUGUAUUUGCUAUGGGAGGAUAUGACUUGGGAUUUCUACCACCACAGCGAUGCUCAUCUCCAUUUGGCAUAAGAAAUUGCUCUAAAGGCAACUCCUCAAGUGAGCCAUACUUGGUUGUUCAUCAUUGUCUAUUGGCACAUGCAUCGGCUGCACGUUUGUAUAAGAAAACGUAUCAGGACAAACAACAUGGCUUUGUGGGGCUCAGCAUCUACAUGUAUUGGUUUGUUCCUUUUAGUGAUUCAGAAGAAGAUGCAAAGGCUGUGGAAAGAGGCAAUGAGUUUCUUGUCAACUGGCUCCUUCAUCCAUUGGUGUUUGGUGAAUAUCCGAAUGUGAUGAAGAAAAAUGUGGGUUCAAGAAUGCCAAAUUUCACCAUUGCUGAGAGUAGCCUUGUGAAGGGCUCUGCUGAUUUCAUAGGGAUCAUACAUUACCAAAACUGGUAUAUCAAAGAUGAUCCUCACAGUUUGAUGAUGCAAAACAGAGACUUUGGAGCUGAUAUGGCAGCAAACAUGAUCGAAAUGCAUGAUAAUGCCACAACACCUGAGAGCCUGCAAGGAGUGAUUGAGUACUUGAAGCAAGUUUAUGGCAACCCUCCUACUUAUGUCUAUGAGAAUGGUCUUCCAAUUAAGAGAAAUUCAUCAUUGAAAGAUGUGCCAAGAGUGGAGUACAUGCAUGGCUACAUCGGAGCAGUUCUUGAUGCUUUGAGAAAUGUCGACGUCGAAAUUUGUCGCAGGAAUGGAUCAAAUAUAAAAGGGUAUUUCACAUGGUCAUUUCUGGACCUAUUUGAACUAUUGGAUGGUUACCAAUCAAGCUACGGAUUAUUCUACAUAGAUUUGGAUGAUCCAGAUUUAAAACGAUAUCCCAAGCUCUCUGCUAAAUGGUUUUCUAACUUUUUGAAAGGGAAAGUUGCCAAUUUGGAUACCAUUUUGGAGCUCCACAACAAUCUACCCAAUACUUCUCUUUAUCAUAAUCUGCAAUGA